CUAACCUUAAAUACUCCUUCCGACACUCCUCAAGCCCCCCUGAAUCGUAUUUACUGAGGGUAUAAAAGUCAAGCGGAAGACUUGCACUCUUACUUUUCUGUUAGCAGAUCGAAAUGGAUUAUUAGCACCAAGCUUAAGAUGCCCUCUACACCCAAGUCUGCUAUAAUCAUUUCAGAGAGCGGCAAACCAGGCAAAAAAUGAAUUCCAACAGGAAAAAGAAGAUAAUUGAAGAAAAAGUUCCUGUUUAUGAGCCGGACAUUCCAGAACCAACAUGCAGAGCCGGGCUCUUGAAGUACUGGAAGAAUUUUUCUUUAGAUGACAAGACUGCCAACAAACAUUUGUGGAUUGGUGACAAUGGGUCAAAAGUGUUUCGAAGAACUGAGGAGCUUUGUCCCGUCCUGGAUAGAUCAGAGAGAUAUGAGUACUCUCCACAGGUGGUGUGUAAAGAGCCUAUUUGGAACACGAGGGCUUAUUUUGAGGUGGAUUACACUGGUUGGGUGGCGAUUGGAGCCACCUAUGAAGGAGCAGGAAGGAGGGUGAACGCCGGGCCGAGCGGCCUGGGGGAAAAUGAAGAGUCCUGGGGUCUGUGUUGGUCAGGAACACGAUACCAGAUCUGGUUCAACGGUGUAAACGAAGACAUAUUAGAUAUCCCGCACAGCUCCACCAUUGGAGUUUACGUGGACCAGCCUGCUGGGAUCAUCAGCUUUUAUGUGGUGACCGGUGAGGGGGAAGAAAAGGAGGUCAAGCUUUUGCAAAGAAUUAACAGCACUCUUAAGGAAAAUAUUCUUCCAGGUUUCUGGAUGGGAAUUCAGUCCUCAUGCACAUUAGUGAAGAGACCAGAAUGAAUUGCUAAAGCUAAAUCUGAUCAAAUCUGUUAAUUAUCACAAGGGUUUUGACUCCUAUAAGUGUCAACUGUUGCACAUAUUCCUGUAAAUCUCUCUCUCUUUUUUUAUGUCACGCAUCCUUCAGCUCUAAUUGGUUGAUAUGUUACUGUAGCAUCUGAUUGGAUAGUUAUGUACUGAUUCUUAUUCAUGAGUGUUGAGUGCCUUGUGACUUUCUGUAAUCUAAAAUAAAUGUGGUACCAUAAAUGAA